GAGGCUGAACUCCACGCAUGCGCACUGCGGGCCCCGCCGCGCGAGCUGCUCAAUAUUAAUGAGCUGCGGCCAGGGCGCAUGUGAUUGGCUGCCUAGUCUCCAGGACAACAAACGGAACAUUUAACGUUACUGGAUUUAAAGUCUUUGUCCUUUAACGUCACGGGCUUUUAACUCACUGGCGUUUAAUAGAUAACCUGUAUUUGAAAGUCUGGCAUUCACAGAUUCAACAACACGUAUAGGUUGUUGCUCCUGCAGUGAACGAUGGACAGAGGGUCAGAACAAGGAGAUCACGAGGUAAAGACACCAGAAGACGGUGAUGAUCUCACUUCCUCUGGUGAUGGGAAAGAAGGGGUCCCAGCUGUGAUAGAGGCCUCACACCACGGAGAGGAAAACUCUUCAGCUCCUGUUGAAUCCGCCUCCUCUGAGAGUGGAGAGCAGCUCCCUGGCACCGACAGCCCCACAGCAAGUAAACACCUGCAGGAGGACAGUGAACAGUCAGUGUCCCAUGUUGAGUUGGACAUCAGUGAUGGCGAUGGACGUCCCACGCUGCACCUUGAGACCUCGGAGAGCGAGGGGAGUGCGCGGCCUGUGCAGGAGGAAGAGGAGGAGGCUGAAGAAGAGGAGAUCGCCGCUGCCAGCCCCGACCCUACACAAGGUGAAGGCCUCAUCAGUGAGGAUGAGGAGCAGCGUCUGUGGAGGGAACAGUGUGAAGAGAGAGAUGAGGCCCUCAAACGCAACAGCCAGCUGAAGAUGAAGCUGGCCAAGUACCUCAGCAAGAAGCCCAGAGACACUGUCCAGCUGGAGACACCUGGCUCAGGACAACUGCAGGAGUAUGGGAAGUCCAACAUCCUGACUGACAUGAAACGGCAGCUGGCCUCUGACUUAGAGGUGGCCCAGCAGGAGGAAGAGGAGCUGAGGUUACAGUCCCAGGAGCAGACAGACAAGGUGGAAAAGGAAUGGCAAGAGUUUGUGGCACUGAAGCAGGAUGUAGCCGUGACAGUGCUGAGCCGAUACCUGGGUAAACGGACAGCUCAGACCAAAGUGGAAUCAACGCUGGCAUCAGAGCAGCACAAGCAGGACAAGCUGAUCAAGCUGUGGGGGAUGUCCAUGAAGCUGAAGAUGAGGAUCCACCGACUGGAAGCCGAGCUCCAGGAGGUCGAGAAUCAGCGCAAGGACCCUGUGCAGCUCUUCAUUGGACAGCUGCAUGCUGCGAGGCUGGAGCAUAAAAAACUCGUCGAAAGGCAAAAUGAGGAAUCGAUAAGGCUUCAGAACCGGAUCCGCAGCAGCUUGGAGGUCCUGUCAAACGUAAAGGAGAAGCUGUUCUGGAGUCAGAGGGAGGUCGAGGCCAGGCGAGAGCAGCUGGCAAAGGUGGAGGCCAUUGUUGCGAGGAAGAGAGAAGUCCUGACCACGACCAAGAAUGAACCUAAAAGUCUGCAGAGGGACAUCCAGAGGCUGAAGGAGAGCCAAGGCUUACUGGGGAACAGGCCCCUGCUGCGGGACUUCGAGGACACUGUGAAUGCAUGUGACCACUUGGAGGAACAGCUGGAGAAUCUGAAGUGCCGCAGAUCUGAGCUGUCGGGAAAGAUGGAACAAAACCUGCAGGCACCUUGUGACACGAACAAACAAAAGACUGACACAGUACGGAUCUGAAAAACACCAGCACACAAGUUUAAGGCCUUAAAAUUCAUAGUUUUAACCCAUUUAGUGCCUUUGUGUAGAAAAUGACCAAUACUGUGUUUUGGGCUUCCUCUAAAAUAUCUGUAAGCCAAGUCAGGACAAGAGUACGAUCACUUGAUUGACUGUGAUAGUUUCAAAGGAAUGGUUUGCCUUUCAUAGACUCACAUUUAGUAGCUUUUUAGCAAAGAGUUAGCUAGGAAGAUGGAUAGCACUCUCAUGUCUGUGUGUGAAGCAGGAGGACAAAGCGAAAAUGUACACGUCAAACUAAGAUGUUCUUAAAGAUGAUUUCUGCUUAUUAUAGGUAGUUCCUAUAACAUUGAAGUUAGUUUUUAGUGUUCAAGUGUGGGUUUGGUAUUUGGUUUUGGAAUAAAGACGAGGUGAAACUGA